AUGGAACAUGAAACGUUACAACGCCGUUCCAUGGCUACAAUUAAGAAUAUGGGUGUCAAUUCGUAUUCUCAAAUUAUAGCUGCAUUUCGUGCUCAAGGUGACCUUACAGAAGAUCAAUCAAACAUCUUACCUGUGCUUCAAAAUACACUUGGCAUUUCUCGAGAACGACAUACAGCCGAAAUCAAACGCGCACUGUACGAUGAACAGCUGACAGAAAUAGCCACUAGUAUUAAUUCAUCGUCUGACACAGCUAAUUGGGAAGUCGAAGCUGGCAGUAAUUGUCCAACGGUGGUUCAUCGUCCUCCAGAUACGAACAAUGUUCAACUAGCCGAACAACUUCUACAAACAACGCCACCUAGUUCUAUCAUUCAACAUAAAAAACAGUUUACUAAAGCGAAUUUAAGUCACGAUUUACAACAAUUACUCAAUGAUGAGAAAAAACAUAAUGGAAUUAUUAAUGCCACACAGCAACAACAAACACAAACGAAUACUGUUGCCAAACCCAAUUUCAAUAAUACAGAUAUAACCACAUCAAAAGUAGUUCGUCUUGUUCGUGCUAAACAAGCGACAAAACCGAAAACAAGUUUAGAUACUCUAAUUGAAGUUGUACAAAAAGAGUUACUACGUGUUAAUGGACAAUCGCAAUCGAUUUCACUUCCACCAUCAUCUCCUUUACAGAUACGCUCGUUUACCUCACCAAAACUACAAAAUCGAAUAUCACAAGCGAACAUCAACCCACAUCGUUCGUACAUGUCGUCAAUUUUACCAUCGUCACACCCUGGUUCGUUAACAUCGCAGUCGAACCAUUCGUUUAAGAUAACACGUAAACGUGGACUGCCGAACUAUAAUGCUGUCAAACACCUAUCAUCAUUUCAACAACGAAAUCGUUCGUUUACUAACGAUGAAGAUGAUAAUGAUUACGCAGAACAUCAUCAUUCGGAAGAUGGUCCAGAAAAUAUUGAAGACAUUGUUCGUGAUGUAGUCGAUGCACUUGUUGCAAAAACGAUUGUGAACACAGCACCAUAUGUUGUUAAUAUGCUUACUGCUAUCCCUAAUCAUCGGAAUGGAAGCAGCACAGAAUCAAAACUCGCAACAAGCACCAUCAAUGCAUAUAAUACAUCCGCAACAAAAUCUCAAGGUACGAUGUCAAAAUCGGACUACUAUCGAAAUGAUUUCACAGUCCUUUCGUCAACUACAAAUGAUUUACGACACUCAGUGCAACAAACAUCUCCAUUGAAAUCCCAAUCAAUGUCAUCGUCUCAACAGCAACCACAACUGCACCACCCACAAUUGAUCAUUCAACCGACAACAAGUGCUCCUCUAUCUACGAUGCAAGGUACAACCGCACCAACUCUAUUUGUUGCACCACGAAUAUUGAAUUUUCAAACCGUGGUACCGAAACCAACAGCAAAUAUUCAAAUCGGCAACACGAAAAUUAUUCUCGUUUCUCCAUCUAACAUUACUCAACAUUUACCACACCCCACAACACCGAUUCCAUCCACAACAACAUCAACUAUACCGCAGCAGCAACAGCAACAACAACAAUCGAGUCCUGUCAAAGUCGUUAAAUUUACUACGACGAAUAACAGUAACCCUAGCAAUACAAAUUCAUUAGCUGCACGGUCAACAAACUUGCCCCUCAACACAACUCAAACAUCGACAUUGACGUUACCAAAGAAUGUUCAAAUCGUCAUACCAUCACAAUCACCAUCAACGAUACAACUAACUCGAACGCAUAAUGACGACGCAAAUAAAUCUCUUCCAACAACCAUUCGUCCAAUUACGACUGUACCAGUAACAUUAACAACGUGCACAGUUGAUCAAAUUCCUCAAGCAGCACAAGAAGUAACAAUAAGCGCAACACCAACAUCGUCGCCACCUUCAACAGCCAACACAUCCGAUAUGCAGCAGCAACAAACUUCACUAGGUACACAAGCCAAUGCGCUUGCUUCGAAUACAACAGAUCAUAACCACACUGGUUCCACUAUAGGAAAACUACGUCGACGCUCGUCAAUAUUAAAUGCAGACAACUCAGGUUCUUCAUCAGUUGUUCUUCAACAACAACAAUCAUCACCAUCAGUAUUGAACGUGACCACGGCAAGAACAAGUCCAACAAACGACGAAACGAUUAAAUCUGUUGCAGUUAAUUUUCAAUCACAACCUCAACAAAUUCAAAGACCACCAUCAACUCACGGACCAAUGAUUUAUCGAAUGACGUCCGUGAAUCCAAAUGUACCCGUGUUUCGUGUACGUGCAACAACAGCUCCAACAUCAACGACUGUACUGAACAAAUCGAUCAAAGCUGAUCCUAAACCAAUAUCAGUAGCUACAACUAGUAGCAUGUGCUAUGAACCAAAGUCAACACAUAAUACUUCAACGGCAGGAGGAUCUGUUUCUGUAUUAGCGUGCUUCAAAACAACAAAGAAAAGAAAUAAGGAACGUGCGAUCAUGCCACGGCCAAGUGCAACUGAUCUAAAUGAUGCAUCGAAUGAUUUACAACAACGAUCGAGCACACCUGCAAACAGCAACAAUGUGUCUGUGGUUCUCACUAGUGAUAUAUCAAAUAGUAAUUCAUCACCUGAUUAUCGGCAACAUGUGUGUCUUGUUCAACAAACAAGUCUAUCAUCCACAUUCUCGGAUGAUAUUCCUUCGAAUGCGCUUUCAUUAUCUUCACAAGAACAAACCAAUGAUACGACAACGUCAUCGUCAAAUAGUACUCCAAUCGCACGAAGUCAUAGUAUCGAAAUCAAUUCAAUUAAAGGUAUCACAACACCGAAUGUUUCGCGAGCACCUUCACCCUUACACUCAACACCAAAACCAUUCACGGAAGAUAAAUCUAUGCAGUAUAUUCAUCAAAACAGCACAAAAGAAUAUGAUCCUAUGGAAACAACAUCUGAUUCAGAAUCAAAGAAGCGAUACAACCACGAUGACAGUUGGACAGUAAUUGCAGACAGUCUUCUACGUGACAUUUUCACUCAUGAUGUUUUUCAUACAUUCGACGGUGAUUGUCAACAAAAUCUAUCGACUGAAUUCACUCUUAUACAAACAAACCUGGCUAGUGGAAAGAUUUUAUCAAAAGAUGCAUUGAUCGAUUCCGUACUUGAUGUUAAACGUAAAGUUUUCGAUAAUGAUUCAUUGAAAGCAUCCGAAGACAAUAUGGACAAACUAUUUCAAUAUUUUCAAACUGAACUCGCUGAACGAUGUGAUGAAACAAAUGAAUCAAAACGCUUUCGACAAGAAUAA